AUGACAACAGACAGUCACCAGCGUCCUGUUUUAGGAACGGGAAAUUCAAAAGCAUGUCGAUUACUAAAAUACGUUACAUGGGUUUCAACAUCGAACCCUGACGAGGGUCAAUGUUUGAGGUCAUACUCAGCUUUGACUAGGGCGGGGCCCAACAUUGGAGUGCAAAAGCCCGCUUUGAAGGUUCAAGGUUUGCUUAAAACUCCAAUUAGCCUAGUUGCCUGGCUCAAGACGCCGAAAUGUGUCCGAUGGUUGAUGUCAGCAGCCGAAAGUCGUGAUGGGAGAGAAUAUCACCUUGAUCGGUGUCAAUUGUUUCCGGGGGCUGUCGUCCUGGAUGUGCAGCAGAUAUCACCGAUCACAAUCGGGAUCGCCAAAAUACUGUUGAAUAAAUCGCCGAAUAAUGAGGGGCUAGAGGACGAGAAGUGCACAUGGAAAAUCUACGAAUUGAGCCAAAACAUGAGCGGCAAGAGUGGCCAAGCUAGCCAUCCAUGGAUAAAUAAAAUUUCCCCGAAUAGCGGAGUUCAGGCUUUGUUGAAAGCACGCGCUGCUCAAUGUUAUCUGCAAAGGAACAUAGCGCAGACCACUCUCCCUUAA